AUGAGGAAGGUUCGAACCAUUCCUUUCAGGUCUUCCGGUUCAUUGUUCCUGGAUAUCCGGGUGAUGCUACUCCGAUCCGUAGAAGUGGGAGUGAUUCUAUAUUUCUGUACGGGGAGUCCCUUUCAGGAUCACAUCACCUGUUACGGAAGACAACCUGAUGAUGCCUGGAUUAGAGUUAACUCUGAGACGAAACGAGGCGAGCGAGGUGUGCAUGUAAAUAGACGUCUGGCAGUGUCUGUGUCAAGCUCUGAUGCAACUUCGCCUUGCCUUUACCACUACAGUGCGGUACAACUCGACCAACAGACGCCCCCUUAG